CCAAGAUGGUGUCUGCCGUGUUUCUCCCCCCACCGGUGGAGCAGGACUAAGCUUUCCUGAAUAAGUUAGAUGGAUGGUCCCUGUUAGCCUGGUGGGCCGCCCCUCCUCCUGCCUCCCCCAGUCCCCUGACCAAGGAAGGUGCCGCUCUGUGUGGGGGAGGCUGGGGGGCGAGAGAAUCUGGGUGGGGGUGGGAGGCACCCUGCCCAGCGAGCAGGAAUGGUGCCCCCUGGGAAGAAGCCCGCUGGAGAAGCGUCGAACUCCAACAAGAAGUGCAAGCGCUACUUCAACGAGCACUGGAAAGAGGAGUUCACCUGGCUGGACUUUGACUACGAGCGGAAGCUGAUGUUCUGCCUCGAGUGCCGCCAGGCCCUGGUGCGGAACAAGCAUGGGAAAGCUGAGAACGCCUUCACCGUGGGCACCGACAACUUCCAGCGGCACGCCCUGCUGCGCCACGUGACCUCGGGAGCCCAUCGCCAGGCACUGGCAGUCAACCAGGGCCAGCCGCCUUUCGAGAGCCAGGCUGAGGGAGGAGGCACCUACCCAGGCCUGGCGUCCACCCCCACCUCUCGGGGCGUCAAGGCGGAAGUCGACCCCUCCAAGAUGGCCGUGUUGACCACCGUGUACUGCAUGGCCAAGGAGGAUGUGCCCGAUGACCGUUGUUCUGCCCUGCUGGAGCUGCAGAGGUUCAACCUGUGCCAGGCGCUGCUGGGCACCGAGCACAGCGAUUACUACAGCCCCAGGAGAGUGAGGGACAUACAGGUGGCCCUUGCCAGUGUCUUGCACACAGAGGACUGUCAGCGCCUGAAGGCAUCCCCUUAUGUGGGGCUGGUGCUGGACGAGACCAGAGACUGGUCGGAGUCCUCCAGCCUGGCCCUGUUUGCCACUUCGGUGUCCCCCUGUGAUGGCCAGCCUGCCACCACCUUUCUGGGCAGUGUGGAGCUGCAAGAGGGUGAGGCCACCGCCGGCCAGCUCCUGGACAUCCUGCAGGCCUUCGGCGUACCAGCACCCAACCUGGCCUGGCUCAGCUCCAACCUCCCCAGUGACCGCCUGGAGACGAUGGGCCUGCAGCUCCAGGCCGCCUGCCCGCUGCUCACUGAGCUACAUUGCCUCCCAGGCCGGACAGACCCCAAGCCCCCUGCAUACCUCGGCGAAUACGAAAGCAUCCUGGACGCCCUGUUCCGCUUGUACAGUGGGCCUAGCGCCCACAUGGUGCCCGAGCUCCGGGCAGCACUAGACCUCGCAGCGAUAGACUUGGCGGGGCCGCGGCCAGUGCCCUGGGCCUUGGUGCUGCCGGCCGUGGAAGCAGUGGCAGAGGCUUGGCCUCACCUGGUGCCCACCCUGGAGGCCACAGCCUCGGUCUCCCCCACUGCUGGGCCACUGGCUCUCGCCCUGCGCCAGUUCACCUUCGUGGCCUUCACCCACCUGCUGCUGGACGCGCUGCCCUCCGUGCAGAAGCUGGCGCUGGUCUUGCAGCCCGAGGAGCCGGACUUGGCUCUGCUGCAGCCGCUGGUGAUGGCAGCCACUGCCGCGCUCCAAGCGCAGCGCAGCUCCGGCGGGGCCCGCCUCCAGGGGUUCCUCCAGGAAGUGGCGACCUCAGGUCCCCAUGAGGACGACGAAGAUGGGGCGGACAGUCGCUGCACCUACCGCGGCGUGGAGCUGGCCGGCUACUCCGAGGCGGCCGUCCAGGACUUGGAGCGGCUGCGGUGGGCCCUCCUGGACUCCAUGCGGACAGGACUGCGGGACUCUUACCCCGGGCCCUCGCUGGAUGCCGUGGCCGCCUUUGCAACCAUCUUCGACCCCCGCCGCUACCCGGAGACGGCGGAGGAGCUGGGCGCGCACGGCGAGGAGGCGCUGCGCCUGCUGCUGCGCGCCUUCGCGCCGGCCGUGGUGCGCCAGCGCGCGCUCGGCGACUUCGCGCUCUUCAAGCGCGUCGUGUGCAGCCUGGGCUUGCUGGGGCCGCGCGCGCUCUGCGCCAAGCUGGCCUGCGCGCACUCGGAGCUGCACGAGCUCUUCCCCGACUUCGCCGCCCUCGCCGCGCUCGCCCUGGCGCUGCCCGUCGGCGCCGGCCUCCUGGACAAGGUCGGCCGCAGCCGGGAGCUGCGCUGGUGGGGGCCGGCCGGGGGCGCGGAGGGCCGCAGCGGCCACGUGGUGAAGAUCGCCGUGGACGGGCCGCCGCUGCACGAGUUUGACUUUGCGCUGGCCGUGGAGUUCCUGGAGAGCGGAUGGGGGGAGGGCCUCACGCAGCUCACGUGAGGGGGACCCCACCCCUUUUCUCCACCCAGGUGGCAGGGGCCCGGGCACCCUCUGGGCUGAGCCGCCCCCCCUGACCAUGGCGCAGCUCCGCAGCAGACCUACUCACCGGCCAGCCCGAGGGGUGUGGCCUCCGUCCACUGUCCACGCUGACUGCCUCUCACCAGUCGGUCUCGUGGCCUGUGAGCAGGAACCUGGGCAAGUGGGCAGAGGUGCUAGGCCCCCUGAGCCGGGCCGCUCCACGGCUCCUGUGUUUUACAGUUUCUUCUGGUCUUGGUCCAAGUACUGGUACUAGAAGAGUUUGGCCUUGGCUAGGAGCAAGACUAAUUUUUGGG